UUGAGUGAGUAACAGCAAAGCCAUGAGCCUCAACAGUAUUUAAGUCCCACCCUGGUCCGUGCAACACAUCUUUCACUGCGCACACUCUGGCUCCUCCGUGAUGGACACAUGGCGAAGGAUUUCUAAUAUCUGAAGCCUUGCAGACAUUAGCUUGCAGCCAUGGGUGACUGGUCUUACAUGUCCUCACUGCUGGACAAGGUCCAGUCUCACUCCACUGUGGUCGGGAAGAUCUGGAUGAGCAUCCUCUUCCUGUUCAGGAUCUUUAUCCUGGGUGCUGCUGCGGACAACGUCUGGGGAGACGAAGUGUCAGAGUUCUCCUGUAACGUCCUGGAACCAGGAUGUGAACACGCCUGCUACAACUGGAUGUUCCCAAUAUCCUACGUUCAUUACUGGGUCCUGCAGAUCACCUUUGUGUCGACACCCACCCUACUCUACCUGGGCCAUGCUAUCCACAUCAUCCACAAAGAGAAGAGGAUGAUGGAGAAGCUGCAGGACAGCACUAGUGGAACCGUACGGAGGAAGCCCAAGUAUACAGAUGACAGAGGGAAGGUGAAGAUAACAGGCAUCCUCUUUUGCACUUACAUGACUCAGCUGGUGUUUAAGAUCCUCCUGGAGGUGGGAUUCUGUGUGGGCCAGUUCUACAUCUUUGGCACCGUGUUCAUGGUCCCCUACUUCCACUGUCCUUUGUCUCCACCUUGUUCCCGUUUCAGCGGUGCCGAGUGUUACAUUUCUCGUCCCACAGAGAAAACAAUUUUUGUCAUCUUCAUGCUUGUAGUUUCAGGCAUUUCGGUGCUCCUCAACAUCAUCGAGAUGAUCUACCUGCUCUGUAACAAGAGGAGAGAGAGCAGGAAAACACAUCAACCUCAGCACUAUUUGCUCAGUUCACAGCAGUUCCCAUCCAACCCAGUUUCGGGAGCCACGAGCCACCAGUAUGGAGGAUUCCCACUGCGGCAUGUGCCGACCCAGGGUCUGACAGGCCUCUGCAAUGACGACCAACACAUUGACUCAGACGUCAGUAAAGAGAAGCUCACCUGAUACAUGAAUAUAAACAGUUAUAUAUAGUUUUGAAUACUACAGUUACUCCACUACAUUUGUAUAACAGCUUUAGUUUCAAGUUACUUUUCAGGAAAAAAAUGACCCGUCAUGUAUCUCAAAAUUUGGUGAUUUUUAAUUUGAAUUCUGAUAAAGUAUGAUAGUAUUAAAGGAUUAUUAUUAUUUUGA